CAGCAUUUCACAACCUGCUGGCCUGUGCCAGACCCAGUCCCAGCCCCAGCUCGGAGCAGCUCCCGGAGGAGCCGGCGGGGGACUGGCAGCCUUUGCAAGCAGCCCGGCAGUCCUGCAACGGAGCCCCCGCAAGCGGAGGCGCUGGGACGAGGGAGGAGCACCCCCGACGGUGGGAAGCGAGUGCUGAGCAGCCAUGGACAGGAUGCACCAGGUCGUUGGGAGAGCGAGAGCCGCCUUCAACUCAGGCCGGUGCCGCUCGCUGGAGUUCAGGAUGCAGCAGCUGAAGGCCCUGGAGCGGAUGGUGCAGGAGAAGGAGGAGGAGAUCGUGGCAGCCAUCAAGGCGGAUCUGCACAAGAGCGGGCCCAACGCGUACAGCCAUGAGAUCCUGUGUGUGAUGCGGGACCUGAUCAUGGCCAUUGACAAGCUCUCGGCCUGGGCAGCCCCUCGGCCUGUGCAGAGGGACCUGCUGACAUUGCGGGAUGAAGUCUACAUUGUUCCUGAGCCGCUGGGGGUGGUGCUGAUCAUGGGGGCCUGGAACUAUCCCUUCCUCCUGGUCAUGCAACCUUUGGUCGGGGCCAUCGCAGCAGGCAAUGCUGUGGUGAUAAAGCCAUCGGAGAUUAGUGAGAACACGAAUCGGGUGGUGGCUGAUCUCUUGCCCCAGUACCUUGACCAGGAGCUGUACCCUGUGGUCACUGGAGGAAUACCUGAGACAACAGAGCUGCUGAAGCAGAGAUUUGAUCACAUCUUCUACACUGGCAACUCCACAGUAGGCAAAAUCGUGAUGGCAGCAGCCGCCAAGCACCUGACACCUGUCACCCUGGAGCUGGGCGGGAAGAGCCCCUGCUACAUCGACAAUGACUGUGACCUGGCCGUCGCCUGCAGGCGGAUAGCAUGGGGGAAAUACAUGAACUGUGGGCAAACCUGCAUUGCCCCAGACUACAUCCUCUGCGACCCCUCCAUCCAGAGCAAAGUGGUGGAGAACAUCAAGGCGACUCUGCAGGAAUUAUAUGGGGAAGACGUGAAGAAGUCUCCGGAUUACGAAAGGAUCAUCAACAAGCAUCACUUCAGGAGGAUCCUGGGCCUGCUGGAAGGGCAGAAGAUCGCUCACGGGGGAGAGGCUGAUGAAGCCUCCUGCUUCAUAGCACCGACUAUCCUCACUGACGUUUCUCCGGCAUCAAAAGUGAUGGAGGAGGAAAUCUUUGGACCAGUCCUCCCCAUUCUGCCUGUGAAGAGCGUGGACGAAGCCAUUGAGUUCAUCAACUCUCGGGAGAAGCCCCUUGCGCUGUAUGUCUUCUCCAACAACAAGAAGUUAAUCAAAAGAGUCAUCUCGGAAACCUCCAGUGGUGGUGUUACUGCAAAUGAUGUCAUCAUGCAUUUCUUCCUCUCAACCUUACCCUUUGGGGGUGUCGGUAAGAGCGGGAUGGGCGCCUACCACGGCAAGCACAGCUUCGAGACCUUCUCCCACCACCGCGCCUGCUUGAUCAAGGACAUGAAGAUGGAGGUUGCGAACAAACUCCGGUACCCACCUGGCAGCCAGAAGAAGGUGGAUUUGGCCAAGUUCUUCCUCCUGAAGAUGUUUAACAAGCGCCAAACUGGACUAGUCAUCUUGGCCCUGCUGGGGAUUGUGGCAGCCGUGGUGAUGAAGAACCACCAGUCUCUGCUGAAGAGAAAAGCCCUCUUGAUUGUGCUGGCUGUUCAGAGGCUGGGCUGGCUCAGUGUGUGGUAAGGAGGAGCAGGUUUCAGAGCACUGCUGUGGCUGUCACGGUGAGGUGGUGUACUACUGAAGAGAGAAGGCGCAAGUGCAUGUCAUACUCUGCGUGCUCGCUUUGUGUCUUUGCCUUAAGCUGAGAAGCCAUUUUUUAAUUUAGUACUGGGUUGUUUCAGUGAGCUGUCAAGCACAUGGAGUAGCCUUACAGAGGCACUAACCAAGAGAAGGCUCGGACUCCUGUUUACUAAAAAGCCAUGCUGAAACAGAAGGACCAGUGGGUACAAGCUCUCAAAAGGAGGACUGCGGAACAAGAAAUACCAGUCCCUACCUCCCCCCCGCCAUGCGGAGCGCUGCUUCCAGGGACACACGCGCACACCGUGUCUUGCACCAAACCGCUUCCCUUCCUUCGGUGACAAAGAGGAGCUCAAGUGUCAGCUGUGAUCGGGUUGUCAGUGUGUUCCCUGCGGUGUUCGGGAUGGUCUGUCUGCUGUUGUGCUCCGAACAACCACCCUCUUGGUGAUGAGUCUGACAGGCCGUGCUGGCCAGUGCAUUUUACCAAUAGUGAUGGUUAUGAAUAAAUCUAGGGAGGUUCCCCUUGUCGUUUGAUUGAGGUGCAAUAUUCACGGAUCUCUGCGAACGAGCAUUAUCCGCAGCUGGUCAGGGGAUGCAGGCCGACACCCUUUUUGAGGUUCUGGGUUUCAUCGUGUGCCUGUAACAAUUUGGCAUUUAGAAAAUUACAAAGAUGAUACCUGCACUACCUGUAUUUUGCUGACAAGAGUAUCUUAAGCUCAUACAGAAGAACUUCCAGGCCUGUACAGAGAAGUGGGAAUGACAAAGCACCCUGUUGUGGUUAGCCCAGGUGGGCAUCUGCACCCACCCAGCCGCUCACUCGCUGCCCCAGUGGGAUGGGGAGGAGAAUCGGAAGGGUAAAAGUGAGAAAACUUGUAGGUUGAGAUAAGGACAGUUUAAAAAGUAAAGUGGAAGCUGGGUGUGCAAGCAAGUGAAUUAAGGAAUCCUCUCAUUACCUCCCCUCGGCAGGCAGGUGUUCAGCCAUCCCCAAGAAAGCAGGGCUCCAUCACACGUAACGGUGACUCAGGAAGACAGAUGCCAUCGCUCCCGGUGUCCCCCCUGCCCUCCGCUUCUUUCCCCCCAUAGCUUUUGUAGCUGAGCACAAUGUCACAGGGUCUGGAAUGUCCCGUGGGUGGCUUGGGGUCAGCUCUCCCAGCUGUGUCCCCUCCCCGCUUCUUGCCGACCCCAGCCUACGCGCUGGCGGGCCAGCGUGAGAAACAGAGACCGUGACGCUGUGCAGGCACCGUUCGGAGGCAGCUAAAGCACGGGUGUGUCACCUAGGCUGUUUUGGUCACAAAUCCAAAACACGGCACCGUCCCACUCUGAAGAAACCUAGCGACUAUGAUGAAAAUUAACGCCAUCCCAGCCAAAACCAGUACAAACCCAAUUCCUGGUCAGAUUCCUCCAAGGGAAAACAAAUGACUGUGAGUGUGUCCUCCUUUGUGUUUGAGCUUCUGGGUCUGUUAUAAUCUUGCACUGGGAGAUAACAUGGGGCUUGUUCUAGAUUGGGGAGAGGAUGCUGGAGAAAUUUAAGGUGAAAGGACCUUAGAAAUAUUAAUGUUUAAAUAAGGAAAAUUUGAAAAUUAUUACUAAAUGCAAUUAAUAUAGGGUAGAAAAUUAUAUUUACUGUGCAAUAGGUGGGAUUUCUUCAUGUCUGGUGAAAAUCCAUGUGCUCUAAGCCUUUUUAAUGAUACAUUUUGCAAGUACUAAAUAAAUAGUAAGAAUUUAAAUAAUAAA